UUCAAAAAAGGUUUCAAUUUCCCUUAAAAUAAUGUGAAUUCUCAUAAAAUAAAUUCGAAAGUCUUUGCGCGUAAUUCCUCUUUUUUCUUUCACUGAUUGAUUGAAAACAAAAUUAGGUUUUUUUUCUUCUUCUACUUCGUUGUCGUUCCGUUAAUGGCGACGAGUACGCAAGGGCAGCAGCAGACGGCGAUUGACUCGUCGGUUCUGGAUGAUAUAAUCAGACGGCUCACGGAGGUUCGGUUAGCUAGACCAGGGAAGCAAGUCCAGCUCUCUGAAGCCGAGAUCAAACAGCUUUGCACUACAGCCAGAGACAUCUUCCUUCAGCAACCCAAUUUGCUUGAGCUCGAGGCGCCCAUCAAAAUCUGCGGUGACAUACAUGGGCAAUACAGUGAUUUGCUGAGGCUGUUUGAGUACGGUGGCUUCCCUCCUAGUGCCAACUACCUCUUCCUAGGAGACUACGUGGACCGAGGCAAACAGAGUCUCGAAACCAUUUGUCUCUUGCUAGCUUACAAGAUCAAGUACCCAGGAAACUUUUUCUUGCUCAGGGGAAACCACGAGUGUGCUUCUAUCAACAGGAUAUACGGAUUCUACGAUGAGUGCAAAAGGAGGUUUAAUGUGAGGGUGUGGAAGGUUUUCACAGACUGUUUCAAUUGCCUUCCCGUUGCGGCGCUUAUAGAUGACAAGAUACUGUGUAUGCACGGUGGACUCUCUCCCGAGCUCGACCAUUUGGAUGAGAUUAGAAGCUUGCCUCGUCCGACUAUGAUUCCCGACACUGGUCUGCUCUGCGAUCUGCUCUGGUCUGAUCCUGGGAAAGAUGUUAAAGGAUGGGGGAUGAAUGAUAGAGGCGUUUCGUACACGUUUGGUGCGGACAAAGUCUCUGAGUUUCUAGAGAAACAUGAUUUGGAUCUUGUGUGCCGUGCUCAUCAGGUUGUGGAAGAUGGUUAUGAGUUCUUUGCGGAUAGACAGCUUGUGACGGUGUUCUCAGCUCCUAACUACUGUGGGGAGUUUGAUAAUGCUGGUGCGAUGAUGAGCGUGGAUGAGAACCUUAUGUGCUCGUUUCAGGUUUUGAAGCCUGCGGAGAAGAAGUCUAAAUUCAUGAUGUCUACAAAGAUUUGAUCCCUUUGAUUUGAGAUGGGUGUUGUUUUUGAUCAGAGAAAUUGAUUCAAAACGUUGGAAGAUUUGGCUUUGAAGUGUGUGCUUAUGGUUGUGAGUGAGUGACUAGUUAUAACUCUUGGAAAGGGGGCAAAACCAUAGUCUUCUCUACUUCCCAACUUCACUUUCUGCAUUUUUUUUUGUUCCUAUCUUUUCUUGGAAGGGGUUUACAUGAUUUACAUUUGCCUGAUGAAAGCACAUAAUUGGUGUGUACAUGCAUAUGAUUCUCUCUUGGAUCCUAAAACACCAAUGAAAUGAUGAUUAUAAAAGAA